GGCACCCUGGGCGGCGGCCCCCGGACUCCGCCUUCCCAGGAGCCCCUGCGGCGGGGCGCGAAGAUGGCGGCGGCGGCGGCGGCGGCGGCGACAGCCGGGCGGCCCUGAGGCAGCGGCGAUGGACGCUCCGCCGGCGCCGGGGCCGGAGCGGCUCUUUGACGCGCACCGGCUCCCGGGCGACGGCUUCCUGCUGCUCGCGCUGCUGCUCUACGCGCCCGUCGGCCUCUGCCUGCUGGUGCUGCGGCUCUUCCUGGGGAUCCACGUCUUCCUGGUCAGCUGCGCGCUGCCCGACUGCGUGCGCAGGUUCGUGGUGCGGACCAUGUGUGCGGUGCUGGGGCUCGUGGCCUGGCAGGAGGACUCGGCGCUCCGCGACCGGCGCGUCCGGAUCCUCAUUUCCAACCAUGUGACCCCGUUCGACCACAACAUGGUCAACCUGCUCACCAGCUGCACCACCCCUCUGCUCAAUAGCCCCCCCAGCUUUGUGUGCUGGUCCCGGGGCUUCACGGAGAUGGAUGGGCGCGGGGAGUUGGUGGAUUCACUCAAGAGAUUCUGCGCUUCCACGAGCCCCGCCCCCAUCCCUCUGCUGCUGUUCCCCGAGGAGGAGGCCACCAAUGGCCGGGAGGGUCUCCUGCACUUCAGUUCCUGGCCAUUUUCCAUUCAGGAUGUGGUUCAGCCCCUGACCCUGCGGGUCCAGCGACCCCUGGUCUCGGUGACGGUGUCGGAUGCCUCCUGGAUCUCAGAACUGCUGUGGUCCCUGUUCGUCCCUUUCACGGUGUAUCAAGUAAGAUGGCUGCGCCCUGUUCAUCGCCAGCGAGGGGAGGGGAAUGAGGAGUUUGCCCUCCGCGUCCAACAGCUGGUGGCGAAGGAGUUGGGCCAGACAGGGACACGACUCACCCCCGCAGACAAAGCAGAGCACAUGAAGCGACAGAGACAUCCGAGAUCGCGCCCCCACACAGCCCAGUCUUCUUUCCCUGCCUCCCCUGGCCCUUCUCCUGAUGCGCAGCUGACAACUCUGGCUCAUCGAGUCAAGGAGGUUUUACCCCAUGUGCCACUGGGUGUUAUCCAGAGAGACCUGGCCAGGACCGGCUGUGUAGACUUGACCAUCACUAAUCUACUCGAGGGGGCCGUAGCUUUUGUGCCUGAAGACAUCACGGAGGGGACCCAGUCCCUUCCCACUGCCUCUGCCUCCAAGUUCCCCAGCUCUGGCCCGGUGACCCCACAGCUAACAUUUGCCAAGUCCUCCUGGGCCCGGCAGGAAAGCCUCCAGGAGCGCAAGCAGGCAUUGUACGAAUAUGCGAGAAGGAGAUACAAAGAAAAACGGGCCCAGGAGGCUGACUGAGCACAGGACAGUACCCAGAGCCGCAGGACGGAGACUGGGGGCAGCCCUCACCCAACUCACAACAGGCCGGCUGGGUGGGUGGUGGAAAGGGAGGGAUGGGGCUCCCCCCCCAAAUCACAUUAAAUUCAGGGUUUUCACUCAA